AUGGUAUGCAGACUCCCAAAGGAAUGGUCCUGCCAGAAGCUGGAUGCUGGAGAUCUCAGCGACGACACGCAGCUGCCUUUCUGCGAUGCCCUUUACAGCUGGCCCUUCUUCAAGGCGGCCGGCGAAGAGGGUCUCAGUAACAUGGGCCUUGCAACGAUGCGACUCGUUGACUACAUGUGUAACCAGCUGAGCUGGACACUUGGUGUCAUCAACGGCGGCAACGUCGGCUCAAAGGGCGAGGUCCGCGAGCAGCAGAUCGUUUUCAAAGCGCCUCACCCGAUGAAUUUGGUCAGCACCCACGUCAUGGUCGAACUGCGAUCGGCAGGCUAUGUGGAGCUCUGCGGCAGCGACGCGGGCGCGCUUACAACGCUCCGAGAGCACUUCGAGAGCCAAUAUGGAGCGGAGGUUGAAGAAGGACAUGAUGAGUUUUGCGACAUCUGCCUCAAGGUUGGCAGCGGCAUGUUCAAGGAGCGCGGGAGAAGUGGUGAGAACAACAUCGGCCAGCUCACCAGUGAGGUUUGCGAUUCUGCGGUGACCAUACUCCCCGGCUUCAGCCUCGUUACCAUCAACGGAGGCAACUACGGUGACGAUGGCUCGCACCGAGAGCAACAGAUGGUCUUCCGGUGGGACAACCACCCUCUGCGCGAAGCCCCACACCUUUUGGUGGAGCUGAGAGAAGCUGGCUAUAUCGAGAUCUGUGGACAAGAUGUUGACGGCAUCCAUGGGAAGCUCACGAAGUUCUUGAAGGAGAAGUGGCGUUGCAAGGAUUCGGUGAAGAUCCCGGGCCAGGAGCCCUUCUGCGAUGUCAAGCUCGCAUGGUCCUCAAAGGACAUGAUGUGGGCGUCCGCGGACCUCACGAGCUUCUUUCAUGGCCUUGGCUGGCAGAUGCAGGUCUGCUCUCAGGGGACCGUGGUGACCAAGAGGGGAAAGUCAGAGAGUCGAGAGCAGCAGAUUCUGUUCCGACCAGGAUCCUCGCGGGAGGGUGCCGUGGAGCCUCACCUGUUUUUGGAGCUCUACACUGGUGAAGGCUCGGAGGAGCUCUAUGCUCAGCCGGACGUGACACAGGUGCCUGCAAAUCAGCAGAUUCGCUUCUGCCAAGUUGGCGACUGCUCUGCAGCCAUCGAGCCCCUCAAGAAGUUCCUGACAAACUACCUGGGUGGCGCUAUCGAUGGUCAAGACGAGAAUGGGAUCAUGCGCCUGGUUGUGGAUGUGUUUCUCAGCCGGGGAGCGCACGACAACAACUUGGGAUGCUGGACCAUGCGCGUCUGCGACUUCAUGGUGGAUCGGCUGGGUUGGAGCUUCGUUGUCUGCAACGUGUGCAACCUGGGCGAGGCGGGGCGAUGCCGCGAGCAGCAGCUGGUAUUUCGCUACGAUGGGCCCUUGAGACACCUACCGGUGGUCCGGAACUUGAACCACGUGCUUGACGAGGCAGCUUUCCAUGGGCUAUCGCUGCCACCCUACUGGCUGAACGAAGACGUGUUGGCGCACAGGAAGAACCGUUCGAUUGAAGUCUGCUCACAAGACGAGGUGGCGAACCUCCAGGAGAUCUUCGAUGAGACCUUCAAGCGCAUUCUCACACGAGACCGUGUCUACGAGUAUCAGGCCCGCAGCAACGAGGAGAUGCCUUAUCGCCUCGAGGUGGUGCAUGCCUUCAGGAGCGAGAAUGCGGAGCUCUAUCUCAAGUUCGCAGAGCGGCGAGAAGAGUACAAGGGCGGCUGGCCACUGAAGGCCAAGAGCCAUGGAGCCGGGUCGAUGAUCAAUGAGCGAUUGCUAGAAGGAGAGUCUUACCUGGCGCACGGAACCAACCCAUCGUCGGCCAUGGCCAUCCUAAAGGGCGGCUUCAAGUUAGACCACGCCGGGAGCGCCACGGGAACCAUGUUCGGAAACGGGGUUUACAUGGCCGAGUGCGUCUCGAAGUCAGACGAGUAUGCGCGAGACGACAACGGGGGAACGUUCCCGGGCCUCAUGGCGAUGCUUAUCUGCCGCAGCCUAGUAGGCGACCCCUACAUCGUCCAAGACCCCGGCGACGCGGUGACUGCCGCCAAAGCAGCCGGCAUGGAUUGUGUCGUGGGCGAUCGUGAGUCCAAGGUGGGCACCUAUCGGGAGUUCAUCUUCUUCGACGAGCGUCAGGUUUACCCGGAGUAUGCGGUCAUCUAUCGACGGCAGUAUGAAGCGAGCAAGGUUCCAAAGUUGAUGCGCAAGACUACCAGUGGAACGACUGGCCGCAAUUGGCAGGUUCAGUUGGACAAAGGAUGGAGGGACAUUCCUCCAGAUGUGAGUUCUGAGCUGAAUCGCGCAGAGGCCGAUGGCGUGCGGCAGCUGGAGAAGGAGAUCGGCGAGUACACGUACGUCUUCGACCUUCAGAAGAAGCUCCAGCUCAACAAGCACAGCGGGACCAGCCGAAAGAUCCGCCCCCCCAUGCGCCGCUGA